GUUAGCAGCUCUGGCUGAUGGAGGCUGCUGUCUCUUUAACAAACUCAGUUCAACGUCCAACAAAGUCAACAAAGUGUCCAACAUGGAGCUGCAGCAGCUGAAGUCUCUGAAGGAUCUGAGGGAUCUGGCUGUGGACUCGGUGUCUCAGAAUAAGAGAUCCGCUCUCCUGAUCGGAGCCGGCGUCGCUGUUCUGGGAUUAUUUGGUCUCGGAUAUAAAUACCUGCGAAAGCCAGAAAAAGUGUUCCGUGUAGGCGUCGUGUCGCAGCUCCUCGUUCACCCUCUGAAGUCUGGCAAAGCUGUUUCUGUGGCUCUGGCGGAAUGCCACCACAUCGGGCUGAAGUUUGGAGAACUGCAGGAUCGACACUGGCUGGUGGUCAAGGAGGACGGCGGCAUGGUGACGGGCCGACAGCAGCCUCGUCUGGUGUUGGUGUCUCUGACCUGCGAGGAAGGUCACGUUUGUCUGAACGGCCCGAACAUGGAGGAGCUGCGAUUCCCCGUCAAACAGUCCGACAACGCCGUCAUCGACUGCAGAGUGUUUGGAGCUGACAUCCAGGGACGGGACUGCGGUGAUGAAUCGUCCCGCUGGCUCACUCGUUAUCUGGGGGAGGAGACGACCUUUCGCCUGGUGCACUUUGAACCCCAGAUGAAGGCCCGGAGGUCGGUGGAGAUGGAGCCUCUCUUCUCACAAUAUGAGCAGGUGGCUUACCCAGAUGUCGGACCUGUGAUGCUGCUGUCCGAGUCCUCGGUCAAGGAUCUCAGCAGCAAGUUAGAGAAGGACGUCACGGUGGAGCGUUUCCGCCCAAACAUCGUCGUAAGUGACUGUGAGGCCUUCGAUGAGGAUUCGUGGGAAGAGGUCCAGAUUGGCAGCGUGAGACUGCAGCGUGUAAUGUCAUGUGGACGAUGUGUUUUCACCACCGUUGACCCUGAGACGGGUAUAAUCACCAGAAAAGAGCCUCUGGACACACUGAAGAGCUAUCGUCUGUGCAAUCCGUCCGAGAAGCACAUCUACAAAUCGGAUCCGUUGUUCGGACAGCUGCACACCGUGAAGAAGACGGGCAUCCUGCAGGUCGGCGACGUGGUGUACAAGAUCAGCCGUUGAUGGAGCGAGUCAGAGAGGGGAAAAACAUACCAACAAACUAUUAGCACUAUCACUGUAUAAUCACUGAGCUGGUCCACACGACAGGAAACACUUAAAUAACUGUUUUUUAAAUCUGUGAUUCACAGAGAGACUGAUCCACUGAGAUAUCAAAAUACAACAAUAAUCAACAUGUUUUUUAUAGUGGAAUUUAUUGUCGUUCGAUUUGGCUCCGUCUUCGUCAGAUGGGCUGUUUGUAACACUAACGGUGCCGGAAUUAAACUGCACAUAAAGUUCACUGGUGCUGUAAUUAAAUCAAAUUAAAAUACACGCUGCUAUGAAAGAGAGGAA